UUUGCUAACUGCUGUUAAAAUCCAAGAAGAAGAAGAAAAAAAAAGAGAGAGAGAAGAAGAAGAAGUUCCCGCCCAUCGCGACGCAUGAAAACGACGUCACGAAAGUAAACAAGAGCAUGUCGCACAGACAGACUCAAACAAGAGAAAUGAACGGUCAAGCGGACGUCGAAGUUGACUACAAGCGGAAAUACAAAAAUCUCAAACGAAAAUUAAAAUUUCUUGUUUACGAACAGGAAUGCUUUCAGGAGGAGCUGAGGAGAGCACAGAGAAAACUUCUCAAAGUUUCCAGGGAUAAAAGCUUCCUUCUGGACAGACUGCUACAGUAUGAGAGGGUAGAUGAAGACUCCUCAGAUUCAGAUGCAACCGUUUCUUCUGAAAAUAGUGAAGGAGAAGGCCCCAGAGAGAGGGAAAGAGAAAGAGAUGGAGCAAAGAAGCGAAGAAGUAGUCCUGGGGCUUGUAUUCCUUCACCAUCCUCUCCUCAUCUCUCCCUGCUGUCCCGUCCUGGUGUAAAUCCCCUACAGUCAUCAGGCUCUGGACCCUACCUCAACACUAUGCCCUUCCCACCAGAGUAUUUGGCUCCCCCAGCUGAACGAAUGAAGAAAGAGAGAAAAACAAAGACGCCUAAAAACAAGAAAGAGACUACGGGGAAGGUUGUUGCCCCAAUGGCAGCUAAUUACCCAUCAGCCCCCACAGCCCCUCCGGCAGCCAGCGGCCCCUUCAGCUGGGUUCCCAGACAGAUGCUUAGUGGAGAUGCAGCUGAGGAGGAGGGAGAGAGCGAUGGAGACAGCGACAGAGGAGAUGAAGACAGAGGGGAGGGAGACGAGGCUGAACUAGUCAUUGACAUCCCUAAUGAGUGAGCCUGAGUGUGUGUUUAGAUGUAUUCAUAAACAAGGGAUGGAGGGGUAGUACACCUUUGUGUUCAAGAGCAAACAACAGAAUGUGACUGAAUGUAUUUUGUGUAUUCAGUUGCCCAUUCCACAUUUUCAAAAGGGAGCCAAGCUCCCCUCUGUGGACUUUUGCUUAAUUGCAGUAUCACUGUCAAUAAUAUCUCCCAGAUAAAUGUGGUUUUCCAAUAUUAUGUUAAGAAUUAUAUCUGUGAGAAAACUACAGUUUGUAUGUUUUUAAGAAAAAUCCACAGCAACUGGGAUGUUUGUAUACUUUACUUUCUAUAGUUUCAAGCUGCCUGCUGAUUAUUUUUUGUCUAAACAGACAAACAAUCUACAAACUGUGACUACAACUAGUGUGUCCUGCACAGAGUGUUUUUGUUAUUUGUUUUGCAUUGUCUUAACUACAAUCUCAGACUUGGUAUUGUAAAUACUGUAGUUAAAGCUGUUUUAGUAUGAUAUAGAUGUUUCAAUGUUAAGUCUUAUUUGCUUGUUACAGGCAGUUUUUUUUUUUACACCUGUCAUUUGUACUGUUAAUGUUUUUUUAAACAAACUGUCAAAAAUCAAUGCUACUUUAUGUUAAUGGAGAUAUAUUAUUUUUGCACCUGUCAAAUUGUGGGUCAGAAUAUAAAAUGUAAAAUGUUGUAAUUUCAGAUGACUAAAGGUUUUUGUGUAAAGUUAAA